AUGGCCACAGACCAGGCGAGGGGGCAGCAUGGCCCAGACCAGGCCCCCGGCCCUCAGAAGCCUCCUGUGGGGGUCAUGCCUUCCAGGAGUGGUGCUGAGGGCCUCCCCUUGACCAGGAAGAGGAGCAAGAAAGAGAGGGGGCUCCGAGGGUCCCGGAAAGGUGCUGGCAGUUCUCAGGAACAGACCCCCAUCCCGGGCCCCGAAGCCCCAGGGAGCAGCAAGAACCCCUCUGGGACUGGAGAAGGACAAGGGGGGACGGGUCCUGCAGCCUCUGGGCCAGCCUCCCGUCGCCAGUCCCACCGGCAUCGCCCCGUCCCCCAGCACGAUGCUGCUCAGAAGACCUACGGGCCCCUACUCAAUCGCAUCUUCGGGAAGGACCGCGAGCUGGGCCCCGAGGAGCUGGAUGAGCUGCAGGCCGCCUUUGAGGAGUUUGACACUGACUGUGAUGGAUACAUCGGCUACCGGGAGCUGGGCGCCUGCAUGCGGACGCUGGGCUACAUGCCCACCGAGAUGGAGCUCAUCGAGGUCUCCCAGCACGUCAAGAUGCGGAUGGGUGGCCGCGUGGACUUCGAGGAGUUUGUGGAAUUGAUGAGCCCAAAGCUGAGGGAGGAGACAGCGCACAUGUUGGGGGUGCGGGAGCUGCGCAUCGCCUUCCAAGAGUUUGACAGGGACAGAGAUGGACGGAUCACAGUGGCAGAGCUGCGACAGGCAGCACCGGCUCUGCUGGGGGAGCCACUGGUGGGUCCUGAGCUGGACGAGAUGCUCCGAGACGUGGACCUCAAUGGGGAUGGCACCGUAGACUUUGAUGAGUUUGUGAUGAUGCUUCUCACCCACUGAGGCUCCAGAAGGGAGAAUGUGUUGCCCCUCUGGCCCCAGGUCAGCAGAGUUCAUGCUGUACACCCUCCCCACGAAGCCCCAGCAUGGAAGAGACCAAGCAGCUCCCAGGCUUCUUCGGACCCUUGGCAACAUCUGGCUGGAAAGUUGCCUUGUGAUGUCACCCACCUACCUACAUCCUCACCUUCCUCCCACCUGAGCUGCCUGGAGGAAACCUGCACCCA